AUGAUCUUAGAUCGAUGCAAAACGGUUUUAAUAUUAUCGAGUGUGGUUUGCACGUUGGCAGUGGUUAUUUCAUUGCACAGGCUGCUCAGUUACGAAAUAAAGCUAAUCAAACCGUUCUCUCCAAUUCCUGCGGGCCUGUACGGAAAUCAUAUAGAGCCUGUCGUCGAUGAGUCUCCGCCUCCUACUCUAAAACGUUACGAUAAAACUCGUGACGCAGAAGCUGUUGUUUCACUUAAUGCUGCGUUGGAAAUGAAGAAAAAUGGCAAAACAGAUAAAGCACUUAAACUCUUCCAACACGCUUUUGCCCUAUCCCCAAAACAUGCAGAUAUACUGAAUCACUACGGGGAGUUCUUAGAGGAUACAAAGAAGGAUGUUGUUAAAGCUGAUCAGUUAUACACUUUAGCAUUAUCAAAUUUCCCUGACCAUACUGGUGCACUCAUGAACAGACAACGCACAGCAAGCAUAGUAGAAAACUUAGACAGAGAAAUGUUGAGAAAAAUUGAUGAGAAACGAGAUGCGCUAUCGUCCAUACCAGAAAACAAUUCAGCAUUAAGAAGAGCCAAAAAAGAGGCUUAUUUCCAACAUAUAUACCAUACAGUCGGCAUAGAGGGCAAUACCAUGACAUUACAACAAACCCGGAGUGUUCUGGAAACAAGAAUAGCUGUAGCGGGGAAGAGUAUUGAUGAGCACAAUGAAAUUUUAGGCUUAGAUGCAGCAAUGAAAUACAUUAAUUCUACAUUACUCUACCGCUUGCGAGAUAUUACCAUGGGAGAUAUCCUAGAAAUACAUAAACGAGUUUUAGGUCAUGUGGACCCCGUGGAAGGGGGUCAUUUUAGAAGGACUCAGGUUUAUGUUGGUGGCCAUAUUCCCCCUGGGCCAUCAGAAAUCCAGCGGCUGAUGAUACAGUUCCUUGAAUGGUUGAAUUCAGAAGAUGCAAUGGACUUGCAUCCUGUGAGGUACGCCGCUCUGGCGCACUACAAGCUGGUGCACAUCCACCCGUUCGUGGACGGCAACGGGCGCACCUCCCGGCUCCUGAUGAACCUGCUGCUGAUGCAGGCUGGCUACCCGCCGGUCAUCAUAGCCAAGCAGCACCGCCACCUCUACUACCAGCACCUGCAGGCGGCCAACGAGGGCGACGUCCGGCCCUUCGUCAGAUUCAUAGCGCAGUGUACCGAGCGCACGUUGAACCUGUACUUGUGGGCGACCAGCGAAUACAGCCAUAUGGUGCCUGCCAUAGGCCAACCGCACAUCCUGACCGGCGAGGACUUCGAAGAUGACCUCUUG